AGAUAAGGAAAGUAGGAAACCCAAAUGUGAGGAAGACGGGAGGGAUGUGAAUGGCGCAUCAUGAGACGAGCGGCAGACUCCAUAAUCCACAGGGGCGUUUCCGUAGCCUCCUUCACUUUCGUUUCUGAAGCUAUGGAGAGAGGGAAAGAGAGUCCCCACAACUGUCUGUCUCCGCUGCUGGACAAAACUGUCACCGCCAAUAAUGCUUGGGCCAUUUUAAACUAACACGCUCUUCUUUUCUCUUCUCUUAUCUCUCCUUCUGGAGCCAUCAACUUGGUUUGAGUUUGAGUUUCAAGUUUCAAGUUUCAAGUGUAUGGGGGACUUGCUGUAGACUAGUAUAUCUUCUUCAACUCUCUGUCUAUUUAUUUACCGCCCUUUCUUUGUCUUCAUUACCUUUUCUACCUCCUCUUCGUCACUGUUUAACUUCUCGCCUUCCUCUUCGGACAACAGCAUUCUUCUCCUCUAGCCAUAGCAUUUAAUAUUAUUCUAUAUAGAGUAUCAACUGCUCCAGAAACGAAGGAAUUUGUUUUGGGCUGAUAUGGGGUCUCCUUCUGCUCAUUGGGUUUUACAUUUAAUGCUAUUGUUUUGUUAGUAUCACUGUGGAUUCGUGGAAUGUAUGUUGGUUACCUCUAGACAGAGAAGUAGAAAGGCUAAAUUAAUACACUUCAACACCUGCUCCGCUGUUCAGAUGGAGAGGCUCCAAGGACCCAUUAAUCCUUGCUUUUAUGGUGAAUAUUCAGAGACAGGUUGCUCGGAACAAGAAUUCACAAACUUGGGAUUUGAAGAAUCAGAAGAAGUCUGUUUCCUAACCUCAAGUUUGGAAGAUAAAGUACCAUUCCUUCAGAUGCUGCAGAGUGUGGAAUCGCAAUCAAUCAAGGACAAGGAGCCUAACUUUCAAAGCUUGCUGAAGUUGCAGCACCUAAACAAACCAUGGGAAGAGGGAGUUAGUAAAAUUCAGGAGCUUGUAGAGUUGUUUUCUUCACCAAUAAACUCAGAAACGAAGGACCAAAAUCAACCUCCAAAUUCGGAGGGAGUGAGUUCAGAGUGCAACCAAAUUCAAGGCUUAUGCCGGGCCCAAAUGGCAAAAGCUCCUCCGGUCACCAAGGAAAGAAGAAAGCGAAAGAGAUCGAAACCAACAAAGGACAAGGAAGAAGUAGAAAGCCAAAGAAUGACCCAUAUUGCCGUCGAGCGCAACCGGAGACGGCAAAUGAACGACCAUCUCAACGUUAUCAAGUCCCUCAUACCUACCUCCUAUAUACAAAGGGGUGACCAGGCAUCCAUAAUUGGGGGUGCAAUAGACUUCGUGAAGGAAUUGGAGCAGCUACUUGAAUCUUUGGAAGCGCUAAGGAAAGAAAGGAAGGGAGCGGAAACUGGGUGCAAGGGUGAGCAGUCAGAAGCGGGAGUGGCUUCAAAUGGGAGAAUAGGAGAAGGGGUUUGCGCGGAGCUCAAGUCAGAAGUGGCUGAGAUAGAGGUUACAAUGAUUCAAACCCAUGUAAACUUAAAGAUAAAAUGCCCCAAAAGGCAAGGCCAGUUGUUGAAAGCCAUUGUUGCUUUGGAAGAUCUUAGGCUCACAGUUUUGCAUCUCAAUAUUACUACCUCACAAGCCACUGCUGCCAUGCUUUACUCCUUCAAUCUAAAGAUAGAAGAUGAAUGUGAGCUAGGAUCAGCGGAGCAGAUUGCAGCAACGGUUAAUCAAAUAUUCAGUUUUAUCAACGAUGGCAGACUGGUCAAUGAGGCAAAGGCAAACUUCAGGCAGUGCAGUGGCAGUCGCUGACUAUGGAAGGGACCCCUUCUCUUCCCCUACUUCCCUUUGAGAGAAAAAAAAAAGAAGUUAAAAAGAGAAGGCAAGCCAAGAAAAUAAGGAUGAGGUUAAGUUGGGGUGCGUGUGGGCACCUCGAAUACUGUUCUUUAGUGUACCGCAGAUGGGUUGGUCAGAAUGGCAGGAAGGUUGAUGUUUACUGCUUAAAACAAGUGUCUGUCGUCUCCUACUUUACGCAAAUUCAGAAAUAUUUUACGAAAUAAAUUUAUAUUAAUACAACUUUUUUUGGUUCGUUUUC